AUGACAGAGGGGAUCCUAGAUGAAACAUUCUUUAAAGAGAAUCGAAUGUUUCACACGUGUUAUAAUCUCUUACUAAUGAACGUAUUCCGUUUUUCACCUCUUGAAAAUUUAACAUCAAAGUUAUACAAAGUUUCAUUAUUUCCACAUCAAAAUGACACCAAUUUCUCAGCACUUUCUUUCAUUGUGACUUUCUUUCCUACCAUGGCAGCUCGUUCUGUCCUCAUUCUCGCAGCGCUUUUAAACCUUGCUUUCCUAAACGUGGAGAGUAGAACCAUUGCCGGACCAAAGUUUUUCUCAAACGCUUCAACUAUUUACAUGAAAUCAAAGAUCGGCACAACGAUUAAGUCGGCCUCGCUAAAAGAUGCUAAAAAGGAGGGGGAAGAGGUGGGGAAAGAGGAACUACCUGACCCCAUUAGCGCCGUUGCAGUCGAGUCAGCAAACAAAACUCUGAACCCAACGCAUAAUGAGAAAGUGGACGAAUUCAUUGAAGAGAGUGAUUUUGAUGAUGGGUCAAAGAAAGAAGGUAGUAGUGACGUUAGCGAAGACAAAAAAAUCCGCAUUUUACAACAGUAUGUUUCAAUCCAUGGAAAACGAAGUAAAUGUGCUGAUGUUUUUUAUGGUUGCAAUGGUGUUUUACGGGACGAUGAUGAUAGCGAAGAGCUUGAUUAUGAAGCAAAUGAAGUUGACAAUGGGUAUUAUGAUCCAAAGAGAAAAUCGGCUUUUAACGAGGAUAAUAAGGAAGUGAAGGAUGGGGAAGGACAUGAUAUUUAUGAUGACAUCGAUUUUGAUAAUAUCGAAGACGACGAUGAAGAUGACAAAGAGGAUGUUGAAGAAGACCAGGAAAACAUGGAGGAUUUGGAAGGUACCAUUGUUAAGGAUAAUAUCAGCAGUGAUAAUGCUGACGAUAAUAACGAGAACAAAAGCGGGAAUGAAAAUGAUGAGGCUGAGAAUGCCAGUGUCGACAAGGAGAAGAACUUUUAA